AGAUUUUAAAUACAAAUAUAUCGCGAGACAAUUCUGCUCAUUUUGCGAUUCAUUGAAUUAGUGGACACUUGUGGUAUACAGAAUAAAUGACUCGCAAUAUGUUUAACCUUAGCUACACUAACGUAAAAUUGUUUUAAAGUUUCAUACCUUUCAGUGAUUAUAUUUUGUUUUCUUAAUCAUAAAUAUAAAUUAUUAACUUAAACAUUGAGUUUAAAUGCAGACAAUGUGCAGUAAGGAAAGACUGUAUACUAUUGGUCUUAUAAUUAGUGAAAAACUACGUGUUAAAGCAAACGAAUGGAAAAAUGGAAUACACAGAUGGAGACUAUAUUUAUGGCAUUAUCUACGAAUGUCUUCGUACAGUUUAUGUUGGUAUAUGUGGCAACAGACAAUGGCAAUGAAAACUAGGUCAAGGUUGAUAGUUCUAGUGUUUGCCCUCGGUUUUACACAUAUGGCGAUAGACUAUAUUUAUACAAAUGAAGAUGAUCUCUACGUAUAUUCUGACAAGGAGGAGCUGCAGUUAGAAAAAGCUGAAUUGUCUGCCACAUUUGUGAUGAUUGUUGGCUAUGCUCGUUCUGGAUCAUCGUGGCUGGGCGAGAUACUGAGUGAAGCAGAAGAAAGCUUUUACAUGUUCGAACCGAUGCAGAGACCAUUGGCAGAGGGUUAUUACACAUCGAAUUUAGUAUGUUUCAAUAACAAUAGCUACAGAAAACCAUUGUCACUGAUGGAGAGACAUGACUUUAUGAUAACAACGAUUCAUAGAGUGUUCACCUGUCAGUUUUCAAAACUCCAUUUAUUUUCUCAAGAGAUUUUGGUGAGACACCAAGUACGAAUGCACCCAGGCACUUUUACACAUUGUAAAGACUUUAAUUCGUAUACAUCGUAUUUCUGUAUCAAAGAGUUGGAAAGAAUAUGUAUGUCCAAGACUCAUCGCAUUGUAAAAACGAUAAGGGUAACAAUGGAACUUGUAAGUAAUAUGAUAGAGUUAUGGCCUAAUUUGAAAGUCGUUCACUUAGUACGAGAUCCCCGUGCAAUGACAUAUUCACGGAUGCGAGGGGCGGAUUUCCAGAUGGCCGUAAGCUCUGUGAUUCAUUCGGCUGAUAUGUGUACAAGAAUGUAUGAGGAUAUAAAAUAUGACUGGUAUAUCCAGAGGAAAUAUCCAGGCCGGCUUAUAAUCGUUUCAUACGAGGCGCUUGCCGAUUCUCCUUACGCUGCCACCGGAUAUGUUUAUGACUUUCUUAAUAUUCUCUUUAGAGAGAAAACAUGGUUUUGGGUGUACAACAGUAUGAGAAAUAAAAAUGAGAGUGAAACCCACUAUUAUGCCACAGUGCGAUUCAAUUCAACCAAAGUUGCUAAUCGAUGGCGGACUAAUAUAGACUAUCAUAAAUCCCAGGAGGUUGAUCUUUCGUGCGCGCACGUUUAUAAGGCUCUUGGUUAUAUUCCUUUAAAAUCAGAAGAAGACCUUCGCUCUGAAACAAUUCGAACCCGGAAAAAAGUUGAUAGAAUCGAAGGCUAUCUGUAAUACGAAUUUUAUAUAAGGAUCUGACUGGAAAAUGUACGAAGAGAAGAGUAAUUACAGAUUAGGUUUAGCUUCAUUAGGAACUAUAUCCGGCUAGAUGUGUUUAAUGAAUUAAGGUAAAACGACGUAACCGCUGUAUAGAGAGGAGGAAACUACAAUCUACAGGAUAUGUUUCAAUUACACAGAAACACGAUUUACCAUAGUAUGCCUGAGUUCAAUUCCAUAUCGUAUACCAUUUGUUAUAGAUGGGAUCAACAAACUUUGGUCAUAUUCUUAUGUUCAGACCAACAUAUUAUUAAAAUCAUUCCAGUCAGAGUAAGGAUAUGUACCUGAGGAAGCCGAUCUGCCAUGUUCUUCCAAUUGUAAAUUUAGUUGUUUUUUUCUGAAUUACUGUAUGUGUCAUUGCUUUUGAUAGUAGGUCUAUUUUAAUCUAGGAAGACGGUAUCCAUAGGGAUGAUUAUUAUAAGAUAACAAUAAGCUAUAGAGUUAAAUAUCAAUUAGAUGGUAAUAAAAUAUUCAUAAUAUAUUAACAAUAAAGUAACAUUUGAGGUGGUAACAAUACUGUAGAAUAUCGAUAAAAUUGUAACGAUAAAGUGUGUAAAAGUAGAGUUAAAUAUGAACAGGAUAAAAUUAAUAAGAUGUAACAAUGGAGAACAAUAUCUUUAAGAUGGUAACAAUAGAGUAAAAUAUCAAAACCUCGUAACAAAAUGGUAUAUUAACCACCCAUAAUGUGUAACAAUAUCGUAAAUGACGUACGUGACGUGUAUCCAGAUAGAGCAAAAUGUCAAUAAACUGGUAACAAUGGAGUUAAUUAUCCAUCAGGUAUAUCAAUGGAAUAUAAAAUCCAUAAGCUGGUAACAUAACCACUAGGAAGUAACAAAUAGUGUAGAAUAUCCAUAGAGCAAAACGUCCGUGACUUGUUACCAAUUAAUAAUGGAAUAAAAUGUCAAUAAGAUGGUAACAAUACAAUAAAAUAUCCAUCAGGUAUAUCACUGGAGUAGAAUAUCCAUAACAUGGUAACAACAAAGUAAAAUAUCCAUUAGGAAGUAACACUACCAAAGUAAAAUAGUCAUAAGGUGUAGUAGCAGAUUAAAAUAUCAACAAAGUGGUUACCGUAACAAAAUUGUAAAAUAUCCGUAAUGUGGUAACAGAGUAGAGUAAAAUAGCCAGAAGAAAGUAACAACAGAGUAAAACAACGCUAAGGUACAGCAUCUAUGUAAUGCAAUAUUUUCAUCAGGUUUUAACGAUAAGGAAAAUAUUCAAAAGGUGUUACAACAGGGCAAAAUAUCGAUAAGGGGUCAGAAAUAGAAUAAGAUAUCCAUAGGUACAUUAUCCACAAGAAAUAACAAUGGAGUAAAAUGUACAUGAGGUGGUAACAAUAGUGAUAUGCUCAUCUAGAUACCAGAUGCGAAUAGAAAAUUGGUACGACCUUGCCUAUCAUUUAGUCGUUUGUAUGUAGAUACUUGGAUGAAAUGAAAGUGUUAAAAUGGUCUUACUCUUUUUGCAUCUAGAUUCCUAAGUGGGAAACUUUGAGAUAAGACUUAUUGGAUGGUUUUGACAAUGGGAAUUUCGUUUCGUCUGUUAAAAUAUUUUAUUUUAUUCAUUUUAUUAGAUUGUUUAUAUAAUGUUAACGGUAAUUGAUCAUUUUGUUUGGGAUGCAUGCAUUUUCUGUGUUUACUGUUUGAAUUGUUAAACGCUUUAUUAGGAAUCGAUACUGAACACACACGUGUCUAGUAUAUGAUACAUAUUUUUCAGCGGCCAUGAGCUUGAAUAGUUAUUACCGAAUAUGCUACAUAAUAUGGUAUGCCACUUACCACAAAAUAUGAGAUGACAGCCACAAGACAUUCUUGUCAGGACAAUAAUUUGACAUAUCUUUGAAAUGGUUUUCAUUUCCUAUCUGGAUAAUGAUAAAAAUAUACAUUUGUAAUGUAAUUAUUAUGUACUUUCUUUGAUGCAGUGUCAUUAAAAUUUAUAUAUCGUAA